GAGGAGAGGAAGGCGAUGCGACGGACAGGCGCACCCACUCAGGCUGACUCUCGGGGGCGAGGUCGAGCCAGGGGCGGCUGCCCUGGGGGCGAGGCGACGCCGUCUCUUCCUCCACCUCGCGGCGGAACCCGAGGACAGGAGCCUCAGAUGAAAGAAACUAUCAUGAACCAGGAGAAACUCGCCAAACUGCAAGCACAAGUGCGCAUUGGUGGGAAAGGAACUGCUCGCCGAAAGAAGAAGGUGGUUCAUAGAACAGCUACAGCAGAUGAUAAAAAACUUCAGUUCUCCUUAAAGAAGUUAGGGGUAAACAAUAUCUCUGGUAUUGAAGAAGUGAAUAUGUUCACAAACCAAGGAACAGUGAUCCACUUUAACAACCCCAAAGUUCAGGCAUCGCUGGCAGCGAACACUUUCACCAUUACAGGCCAUGCUGAGACAAAGCAGCUGACAGAAAUGCUACCCAGUAUCUUAAACCAACUUGGUGCAGACAGUCUGACUAGUUUAAGAAGACUGGCUGAAGCUCUGCCCAAACAAUCUGUGGAUGGAAAAGCACCACUUGCUACCGGAGAGGAUGAUGAUGAUGAAGUUCCAGAUCUUGUGGAGAAUUUUGAUGAAGCUUCCAAGAAUGAAGCAAACUGAAUUGAAUCAACUUCUGAAGAAGAUAAAACUUAAAGAAGUCACUGAGAGCUGCUAUUUUAUAUUAUGACUGCUUUUUAAAAUUUUGUUCAUGGAUCUGAUAAAAUCUAGAUCUCUAAUAUUUUUAAGCCCAAGCCCCUUGGACACUGCAGCUCUUUUCAGUUUUUGCUUAUACACAAUUCAUUCUUUGCAGCUUAUUAAGCUGAAGAAGCCUGGGAAUAAAGUUUGAAACAAGAUUAAUAAAGUUCUUUGCCUAGGA